AUGGAUCAGAAAUUUGUUUCCUCAACAGAGAUAGAAGAGGCCAGAAAAAAGCGGGCAGAAGAAUGGAAAGCAGCUUAUGAAAGACUGGGAGAAAAGCCGCCAGUAAUAGAAGAAGAGUAUGAUCCUCGUACAUUAUACGAGAAAUUACAGGAACAAAAAAUGAAGAAAGAGGAAGCUUUUCAGGAAAUGACGAGAUUCAGCAAUCUGAUACAUAGACUUGAUGAGGAUGAAAUAGAUUUUUUGGCAACAUUAGAACAUGAACAACGCGGUAAAGAAAUGGAAAAAAUGAAAAAAGUUGAGCAAGAACUUGAAGAAUUUAGACGAGCUGCUGCCAAGGCCGAUGAAGAGGCGGCACCAAAACUUAUAAUUCAACCUGAAACUAUCUCAGCACCAAUAAAAACUUCCAUAAAGAAAGAUGCACAACGGAUGAUUUUAGAGAGUGCUAUUAAAAAAAUCAACGUUCCUUCACGUAAGAGAUCAUUAAAUGAUGAUGAAACUCAUUCAUCUAACUCUAUUGAACAAUCAAAAGAUCAGAAACCAUCUUUACUAGCAUAUAGUGACAAUAGUAGUAGUGAAGAGAGCACUAGUGACGAUGAAUCAUAA